CGAGGAAAAAACACAGGGAAAAUACGAGCCACUCAUGCAGUCCGCAUCCUCAGACGAGUUUUACACAAGUUGACCAUAUUCGUUGUCCGAAUCCGAGUCCGAACUAGCUUGCUGUUGUUCUGUUCUUUUUCUCUUUCGGGAACCAUGGUGUUGUUGUUCUCAGCAUGCUCCUGGAAAACGGCACGAGUCGUGUUGUUUUAUCUUCUCAUCAACAUUGGCAAUCUUCCAGGAUCUGAAACAGGGAAAGUGGUACAGCACCCAAUGGACAAGUCGAGACAAGCGGACAAGUGCACUACGACCGAUAAGAAGAAGCCCAUCAAGUAUCACGACGACUCUUUCCUACAUUCCGUGGGGUUGCCGACCCGGCAGGACACCAAUGCCAUGAUCGACAUGCUCAUUGCACAAGAACAAAGCAAACUCAAGACCGUCACCCCCGCUGCAACAGGGUGCCGUUCAAAAAGAAACAUCAACACAAGCGCCAUGACUAUCAUUCGGCCCAUCAUCACCGCUCUUCCAGCUCAUCUUUAUCCUCCUCUUCCAACGAUGAGCAGACCUGUACCCCGACCGCCGGCCAUUCUGGCUCAGUUUCCUCCUCCUCCACCAAUGAACAAACCUAUGACUAGACCCCCGAAAUUUAUUCCAAUGGCCCACGGGGAAAUUAUCACAGAACCACCACCAGCUCCGGGUGGGGAUCAGAUCUCUUCCUCUCAACCAUCAUCAUCAGCCCAAUUCACUGUUGCCACGGUCACUACUCAGACCAACCCAGCAGAAGGGUUUCCCAUCUCCACACAACCAGUGGGUCAGGUCACCAAUCCAACUUCAGCACAAAUAACACAGCUUCCCGGGGUAACGACAAAUCGCAUCACGACACAACCACCUUUGCCUGUGGCCAUAUCAAGCAACCCAUUCCAAUGGACAACUUCGUCAGCCAAACCCUUUUCUUUACUAAGUACCACGGGGAUACAAAGCGUCUCUCCCACCGGGUCUUCCACACAAACUGGGCAAGCAACGGGUACCAAUACGACCCCCGCGCAGACAACAUCUAGAAACCCAGGGAAUGAGACGCCUCCGGGUGAUCCCGCUGUUUCGUUUGAAACUUGGCUCGAACAACGACCACUCCGCUCACGAUUGGGCUAAGGGUAAUCAAAUAGGUGAAUCAUUUCAUCAGGUCCAAGCUCUUGAAAGAUGUGAAAACGCUCUGGGUUCAUGGUUUCAAGUUUCUCAACUGACUGAAUUUCCUUUGGCAAAGAGAUCUGAAAGAGUAAUUUCCGAAAAAUGACAUGGAUUCAUCUCGCGCUUGAAUUUAUUCGGAAGAUCAAUUAUUGUUCCCAGCGAGAAAAAUGCUACUUUUGCCAUGUCGAUUCUGCACAAUAAAAAGUUGCCAGGUUCAGUCAUUCACUUGGUUGCGAAAUUAACACCCUCCAA